CUGCAGUGCAUGAUGGUCGGUUUACCGGUGGUGGUAUCUGUUGCUGUGACUCCCGUUGUUUUCCUCCCGGUUUCUCCGGUGUUCCUGUGAUGGUGCAGAGGAGAAACACCGGCUGCUGUGCUUUGGACGACAGCUAGCCUCCUGGGAAGUGAGUCCCAAUGCCAUGGCCUCCAGCCACGGCUCCUCCCCAGUGCCUCGUCCCAGCGGUGGAGGCCGAGAUGGGAUCUUCCGCAAGGAGCGAGAGCCCUCCCCUGCUCGCUGCCGGCCAGUCCGCUCCCUGCCUGAUGUCUGCCCUAAGGAACCCACAGGUGAGGGGCGGGGCCUAUGUGAUGGUCCGUCCGUGGUGGCAGAGCACGACAGGUGGACGGUGUACAGUUCAAAGGUCAACCUCCCCGCUGCGCUGAAUGACCCGCGGCUCGCCAAACGGGAGUCAGACUUUUUCACCAAAACCUGGGGUCUGGACUUCGCAGAGACAGAAGUGAUGCCUUCCUUCUACCUCCCCAGCAUCACCAGGGAACACUUUGGACCCUACCUGCAGGAGAUGGCUCAGAGGGAACGUAUUCACGAACGCUGCAAGACGAUCUGCCCCAACAAAGACGACGUGGACGCUGUCUCCAGUAUCACCACUAACCACGAUAAAUCCAGAGCGGAACUGGAACAAGUCCCCAAGAUCUUUAUGAAACCUGACUUUGCUUUGGAGGAUCCAGCCACCUUCAACACCGUCCUGCCCUGGUCUCACUUCAACAGUGCCGGUGGGAAGAGCAGCCGGGACGUGGCCUCGUCCAAACUACUGCAAGAGAAGCUCAGUCACUACCUGGACGUGGUGGAGGUCAGCAUCGCACGGCAGAUCUCCCUGCGCUCCGAGGCAUUUUUUCACGCCAUGUCCUCUCAGCAUGAGCUGCAGGACCAGCUGCAGGAGACACAGCGGGCUGUGGCUGUCCUGCGGGGCCGGACCGCCGCCAUGGACCGGGUCAUGUGUCAGGGGCCUCUUCGGGCCCUUCGCACCACUCUAACGCGAAACAACUGUGUGAAGCUGCACAACAAGCUGAAACUGAUGGCUGCGGUGCAUCAGACACAGCCCACAGUGCAGCUGCUUCUCUCCACCUCAGAGUUUGUUGGAGCGCUGGAGCUCAUUGCCACCACCAAGGAGGUCCUACAGCAGGAGCUGCAGGGGAUCCACAGCUUCAGACAUCUGGGCUCCCAGCUGUGUGAGCUGGAGAAGCUAAUUGACAAGAUGAUGGUGGAGGACUUCAACAUGUACGCACGGAGUGACCUGAACCGCAGCCUGAAAGAUGAGCCACAGAUCCUGGAGAAGGUUUUCACAACUAAUGCUGCCUCAGAGAAGGAGCGUCUGGAGUCACUGGUGUUCGGCUUGCUGCGGCAGAGGAAGCUGGACUUUCUGGAUAUUUACAGCGAUGAGAUGAUCUUAGCCGCGAAGGCCAUCGUCACUCAGUGUGUAGCAGAUAGUGUUUUGCACAUAGAAGAAAUUGACACCGAAGUCGUCACUAAGCUUGCUGAUCAGAUGCGUGUGAUGACGUUCCCUCAGUGGUUUGAGCUACUGACGAACGUCUUUGACAGUUUUCUUCUCUUCUUACAGAGGAUUAAGGCCACAUUGAGCGUGAUCAGAAAAGUGGUUUUGGAGGUUCUGGACUCAAACCAGAAGAACAGGUUCCUGGAGGAGGCCGCUGGCUCCAGGUCUCCGGGCCGGGAGUCUUCCCCUGGUGGUUCACUCCUGCAGGGCGAGGCUGAGCUGGCGUACCUCACCCAUGAGGGUCUGUUCAUUAGUGACGCUCUGAAUGAGGCCCAGCAGGCGGCGGCCGCGGUCCAGGACCAGAGCUCAUGUGUGAGCUCCAGGAUCCAGCAGGGCCGAGUGGAGGCUGCCGGCAGCAACCCAGAGCCCAACACCAGCAGCGAGCAGCCAACAGGGGGCGCUCCCAUUAUGUCUGGUGAGAACAUGAUGCCCUCUGAGCUGGAGCUGAACCGUGUGGUCAACAACACCCAGGAGCUGCUGUACACUGCAUCCGACGUCAGCCACGACCGCUGUGUCAAAGUCCUCACGGCCAGAGCCAAGGAUGGAUCUCUGGAGCGGCUGAGCUCUGCGGAGUUCGUGUGCCUUUCGCAAGCUGUCGAGGGUUUCGUCAGGGACACGGAGGAGCUGUGUGGCAGGCGGAGCGUCUCCCUGAGGGGGGCGCUGCAGAGCCAAGGCAAUCGCUUUGUCCACCGCUUCCACGAAGAGCGCAAGACUAAACUCAGCCUCCUCCUGGACAACGAGAGGUGGAAACAGGCCGAGGUUCCUGCUGAAUUUCAGGAUUUGGUGAACUCUAUUGCUGAUGGCAAAAUAACACUACCAGAGCGUAAAACCCCAGGUCCAGAUGACCGAAAACCGACUGAAUUUCUACUUGUCAAUGGGCAAAAAUAUGCUGUUGUUGGGACGGUUCUGCUGCUGAUCCGGAUCUUCCUGGAAUACUGUCAGUGUGUCAAUGACAUCCCAUCCAUUGCUACUGACAUGUUGACACGUCUGUCGGACCUGCUCAAGCACUUCAACUCUCGGAGCUGCCAGCUGGUUCUGGGAGCCGGAGCUCUCCAGGUUGUCGGCCUGAAGACCAUCACCACCAAAAACCUUGCAUUAGCCUCCCGCUGCCUGCAGCUGGUGGUUCACUACAUUCCCAUCAUCAGAGCUCACUUUGAGACCAAACUGCAGCCUAAACAGUUCAGCGUCCUCAGGCACUUUGACCACAUCACUAAGGAUUACAAUGACCACAUAGCAGAGAUCUCUGCUAAACUGGUGGCCAUCAUGGAUAGUCUGUUUGAGAAGGUUUUAUCAAAGUAUGAGGUGAAGGCGCCGAUGCCCUCAGCCUGCUUCAGAAACGUCUGUAAGCAGAUGGCAAAGAUGCAUGAAGCCAUUUAUGAGCUUUUACCUGAAGAGCAAACACAGAUGUUGUUCCUGAGGAUCAAUGCUAGUUUUAAAAUGCACCUGAAGAGGCAGUUGGCUCGACUUGGAGUCGUCAACGACGGAGGACCACAGCACGGGUUGGUAGUGGUGGACGUGGCGUUCUACACAGAAAACGUUCAGGCACUGAAAAGCCUGGAACGACUCGACCUCAACAUGGCCGAGAUCUGGGAGCAGAAAAGGUGAUGGAGGAUGAAGUGAUGCUCCACCUGUUGUGUUUGGUGCUGGGAUGUCCAGUCCAGGACCGGAGCAGAGAGGGCCGACCUCGGGGCCCGGCGGCGGAGGACGUCGGCCGAAGGUGGAGGAGGCCCGCAGGGACCAAAAUAAACUGUAAGCAGAACAGUAAUGGGGCCUCCCAAACAGCUCCACCUUAAACUUUCUCAAAUAACACAGAGCCUCCUUAAAAACUGCCUCGUCUCAUGUCACUGUGUGCAAUUCAACAGAAAUAGUGAAUAAAUUAUUCAAGGGGGUGCAGGGUGUAGAUAAUGUUUAAGAAGUGGAGGGGUAAUUUAUUUUUCUGUCAUCUUGGUAACGGGACAUUGGAAAUGAAGGGAUUUUUUUCUCAUCGAUGCACACUGAAGACAAACUCUGCUGUUGCCAGUUUCUCAGACUUUAACAGAAAGUUGAAGAUUCAGGUGAUUGAAUAUUUUCCUCCUUCCUGCUCUUAAAGAAUCAACAUGACUCCUUUUGGAAAUUUUUUCAGUUUUUAACAUGAUUUUCUAGAUUUCCAAAACCUGCAGAUGAGGACCUUAAGGAACUGCUUUUGAGGCAGAAAAUAACAAAAUCCAGACAAAACUGAACUCUUACAUUCUACAUCCUGAUGUUACCAAAGUAAAACUGCUUCUAAUUUGGUAAUUCAGACUCCUCAGUCGCACUUUUCCCCUCAAAUCAUGUGUCAAACAUUUUGUCCACAUGAAGGUCCACAGAUGAGUGAACUCAGUCGAAGAAAUGAACUGACGAGGAGAGUUUUGAGAUCAGCUGUAAAGUCAAACAGCUGAGUUGGAGUAGAGUUAUUCUGCAUGAAAAUGAGCUUUUUGUUUCCUCAGAGGCUGAAAUGAUCUCAAACGAAAAGAAAAUCUUGUUUCUUUUUACUUUUCAUCCAUAAAUGUGUGUUUCAUUUCUACUUGCUGCUGGAGAAAAAGGGGUUCCUGAACUUGUAGCGCAAAAGUCAGACCUUUAAGAGGUGCAGCUGCGUAUUCUUAUCCGUCUGGAUUAAUGUUCAGAUUAUUCACCACAUUAAUAGUUUUCAGUGUAAAAGGUGAAAAAGCACCUCUUCACAAAGUUUUUUCACCCAACUGUCAAAACCUAAUGCUUCACUGAAUCUGAAAAAAAAUGGAAAAUUGGUCAACCUGGAACAUUUGAGAAGCAACCACUGAAACUGUUCCACAAUCACAAUAUUUUUUUAUUUUUUUUUUGAGGAAAUUAACCUUUUUUUUUUUUUUAGUAUAAUGGUAAUUUUGUUUUAUCCAAACAAACUUCUAGAUGUUGCUCAACUCAUUCUGAUACAAAAAUUAGAUAAAUCUUAACUUUUUGUGCUUGUAAUUAUAUUUUUCAUGAUGACUAAUGAAUAAUUUUAUUACCGCAAGAUAAUUAGGCUCGUUUUCAUAUAAUAGAUUAUUUUACCAUGUUAUGUGAAUAAUCGGCGCAUUAUGACAAGAAAGUAAAGGGUCUUUUUGUGUUUUUACUUCUGUCAGAUCAGCAGCAAUUUGAUGGAGGCGUCAUAACUGUAGAAACGGAUUUGUAUCGAGAAUUUCAGAUCAGUGAGGUCAUGUGACUGAUGAUCAGAAAUGAUAUAAUUUUUCUGUUAAAGAUAACAUUCAGACCAGUUAUUUUGUCAUGAUAAAUGAUCUCAAUAAAUCCUCCUUUUGUUUUCUUACAUAAAUUAAUUCAUUACUAAGGGAAAACGGUCUUUAUUGCCUCUUACACAGCUUUAGUGCUUUUCAGAACAGAAGGAAUGAUAAUUGCUUGUCAUCUAAAGGAUCAUUAUUAUUCACUGUUUCCAUGUUUGUCAAACAGAUUUUCUGCUUCGUUGUGAGGUUCAGCCCCUCUGAGCUCCAACCCAACAAACAAAACCCUGUCCUUGUGUGGUCACGUCACCUUCACAGAACACUACAGCAUUCGAUUCCCAAAAAUAUAAUUACAACUCAAAGCAUUAAUCAAUUAAAUGAACCAGGUUUGAGAAUUUUUUUUUUUUAUUUUAAUUUUUUUUUCGGGGAAACUAAAAGGAAUGUCUGCAGCUCUGAGGCUGGUUUGCUCAUGUCCAAUCAUUUUAUAACUUGAAAUGUUUCUCCCUUGGUUUGAUUUCUUUUCAAGCAAAGAAAAAUCAAAAGUACCUCGCGUCCUCUCGUAGGUCAGAUUAAUGCGAUUAAUGGGAGCUGCAAAGUUAAGAAGGUCUGGUGUUCUGGACUAAAGUAGAAUAAUGUGAAAGAACGCAGAACCCAAACCCGGAGCUGAGAGUUCAUUAUGGACUGGAUCAGACCUCCUCCUGUAAAGGAUGUCGAUGUGACGAGUGUUUACUCUAAAGGAAGAAACAAACCACAGUGUGACUCAACCAGAGUACAGAGCGGCAGGCGGUUCAACGGAAAACCGUUCUCAGUAAUUCACCGUUUGUGAAUCCAAGACACUAAACUGGACUCCAGAGGUGUGAUGUGACCGACUCACCUGAGGAGAUAAACCACCAUCAUCACUGUCUGCUUCAGAAGUGCCUCCUUUUGAUUGGCUGUCAGAGACGACACAUCUGAGCUCUCCACUGCAGUGUGCCUACCAUACCACUGUGUGAGUCUGUGUGAGUGAAUGUGUGUGUGAGUCAGUGUCUGAGAAACCAAAAUGUGUUGAAUCCUUCAAACCUGAUGUGAAUAAAACAGGAUGAUGGAA